GUGGAGGAGGACUGGAAGUACGUGGCGAUGGUGCUGGACCGUAUCUUCCUGUGGUUAUUCACGAUCGCCUGCGUGGUGGGCACGGUGUUGAUCAUCAUGCAGGCGCCGAGCCUGUACGACACGACGAAGCCGAUCGACAUCAAGUACAGUAAAAUAGCGAAGAAGAAGAUGAUGCUGAUGUACAUGGGGCCGGAGGAUGACUAGUCGACGAUCCCGCGCGGCUUCGCGCCGCGUUCCCAGCGGCAGCUGCUGCGUCGCCGGCGUCACCUGUACCGGCGACGCCGUCUCCGUCGCCGCCGCCGUCGUCGUACCCGUCGUUGUACAGUGGUGGCCGUCGCCAAUCAUCGAAACUGCCGAUUUUCGCGUCGACACGCAGGGAGCGGACCCUCUCUCGAUCGCAGCUGCCAGAGGUGAUGAGAUCCGUUUAAUGAGAAUACGAAGAGCCGAAGGAGAGCGUCUCUUCCCUCUUACCGUGGACAAGGGACACGUCGUGCUCCAUCGGGUGGCGUGCGACGAGACGAUUGCGAGUGCGAGUCUAUCUGAGAGGUUUGCGUGAUCGGAGAAGCGCGUGGGGAAGGAGACAGAGCGGAGGGUGCGAAUGGGAAGAACGAUGAAGAGAGAGAGAGAGAGAGAGAACGAGAGAACGAUAGAACGAUAGAGUGAGAGAGAGUGGCGGAGGUAGUAAGGUAAGUCGGGGGGCAAAAGAGAGGGGAGAAAAAGUGCCAAAUACGCGAAAAACACACGCGCAACGUAUUUUUGUAAAUCUGGUUUCAUACGUAAGGCUAGAGUCGUGCGGCGAGACGUCGAACUGCCCGAACUGCCGAUUUUAUAUAAGAAGACGUUUAAAAACAGACGUACACGUUAUAAUACACGACACUCUAUAUACGAUGCGUACGCUCGAUAUUAUUGCGCGCGCGCGCGUACAUACAUACAUACAUACAUACAUACAUACAUACAUACAUACAUACAUACAUACAUA